GUCUUGAAAUGAAAUGAUUGCAAGGUAUACAAGUCAUAUCACCAGUCAUCUCAGAGAUGCAAGGGGGUUGCUUAAAUUAGCUGUUCUCGCCAGCGUGGCUUUCCGGUGUCCACCGAACACGUACUCUUCUUGCUUUUGAACCUUCUGCUUUGGGCCCAUGGUGACAUGAGCCAGCGCAGCUCAGAGCCAGGCCCAAGCUACUGGCGUGUCUCUCUGGCAUUGGCUCUCAGAAAGCGAUCUGUCGAGACCAGUGAGCUUGGCCCUCGGACCGAAGCCCUUCAGCGCCGUCUCACUGCCUUGGACCUCACCCUUAUCGGUGUGGGUGCGAGUGUUGGAGCAGGCAUUUUUGUCAUCACUGGCAUCGCUGCCAAACCCACUGGUCCUGCAGUCUGCUUCUCUUUCUUGCUGGCCGGCAUAAGCAGCAUAUUCAGCGCCUUGUGCUAUGCGGAACUUUCUGCACGCAUCCCUGUGUCUGGCUCCGUGUAUUUGUAUGCAUUUGUUGCCUUUGGAGAGUUUAUCGCCCUGCUAAUUGGUUUGAAUGUGCUUGUGGACUACCAUGUCGGUGCAGCGGUGAAUAUCGCCUCUUGUGCCCUUUACCUUGAGAAAACGCUUCGCCUGAUGUUCGGAGAUGUAUGUGUUUGGCUGCCCAGCACGCAGGUCAUAUCACUUCUGAUGGUGCUGCUGCUGACGUGCAUUCUGUCAGUCGGUGUGGAAAAUGGCCUGAAGCGAGUCAAUGGAUUAUUGGUUUUUGGGAAGGUGGGCAUUGUGCUCUUAGUUAUCGUUGUCGGGUGCACGAAGGUGCAACCCACCAAUCUCUCCCCUGUUUUCCCGUUUGGUGUGGGGCCUGUGCUGAGCAUGUCAGCGACUUGUUCAUUUUCCUUCAUAGGAUUUGGAACUGUAACCAAUGCGGCAGAGGAGUGUAUUAAUCCUCACAGAGACUUGCCAAUCGGAAUCACACUUUCGCUCCUCAUUUGUGCCUUGUUUGCUUGGGCAUCCAUAUAAUUUGUUAAGUAUCUUAGAGUCUCAGAGGAGGGGGCUUCGCCAUUUCGCUUCCAAUUAUAUAGAUCUCAGGAGUAGACACGGUAGACAUGUAACGUAGGUGAGCUUGGAAAUAGGUGACGCAAGCGCGACAAAAGCUUUCGCACUCUCUUGGACCUAAAGAAGGAUAAUACUAUUAGGCCAUUCUUGCUCUUAGACGUUGUUUUACAAACAGAUAGCAGAGUCCAAGAAGAGUAGGGCCCCUGGCCUCAAGCAAUGGAGUGACGUCGUGCCAAGAUAACAGGCUUUUCAGCAUGGGUAUCCCCAGAAUUCCCUGUGCACAGCCGUAAUUCA